CGCCGUGCUACGAAGCAAACCUACAGACUGCAGGCGAUACGGCAAGAUCGCAAAAGGUCCGCUGCGCUGUGGACGCUCCAUCUACAAUAAACAUCUGGUGAAUAUGUAUAAAGAUGGACACAAUCACCACAGUUGUGCUGGACUCAUCAUCGUUUCUUCAGUCCAUCAAUCCGAGGCACCCGCAUUUCCAUCCCGAACGACAAGAUGAAGUUCACUCUCGCGACUGCUGCUGCCCUGGUGGCCACUGUUGCUGCAAGCCCUCUGGAUCGGCGAGCAACUCCUCUCGAAGCAACGUUGACUCAAAUCGACAACACCCUCGUCCGAGUCGCCCUCACCAACACCGGAUCCACAGCCUACAACCUCCUGGCCGGAGGCACUAUCCUCGACGAUGCACCAGUGGACAAGCUCUACGUGACCGGAGGCAAUGCUACGGCCACAUUCGUCGGAAUCACGAAGCGCAUGUCGCUUCAAAACCUCGAUGCAGAUGCCUUCGUCACCCUUGAAGCAGGAGAGACCAUCGAGAAGGAGAUCCAAGCGGCCCAGAUCUAUGACUUCCCAGCCUCUGGCAUUUACGAAUUCUUGGCAGAUGGAGUCUUCCCAUAUGCGGAGGCUGGUUCCACCGAGCUCACGGGUGAUGCUUUAAUCUUUGAAUCCAACACUCUGUCGCUCGAAAUUGACGGCGAAGCCGCUGCUGCUGUUGGCGAUGUUGUUCGUCUCGACAAGCGCACAAUCAUCCAGAGCGACUGCACUGGCACUCGCCGCACUGCUGUGGUCAAUGGUCUCCGUAACUGCGCCACUCAAGCCAAUGCUGCAGCUAGCCAGGCCGCCUCCGGAUCCGCAACUCGCUUCAACACUUUCUUCCGCACCACUGCUUCCGGAACGCGCAACACUGUUGCUGCACGUCUGCGUGCUGUCGCUGGAGAGUGCUCUUCAUCCACUAGUGGAGUGUCCAGAACAUACUGCACUGACCCUUACGGAUACUGCACAUCGAAUGUACUCGCUUAUGCCGUCCCAUCUGCCAGCAACGUCAACUACUGCCCAGCCUUUUAUACCCUGCCUGCUGUCACUGGAAGCUGUUUCGCCCAAGAUCAAGCUGGAACUGUCUUGCACGAGACCACUCAUCUUUCUGCUGUGUACUCGCCGAACACGAUUGAUUACGCGUACGGCUACGCUGCAAGCACGAGAUUGACUACUGCUCAAGCCGUGUUGAAUGCCGACAGUUACACCCUGUUCGCCAACUCAGUGUCGCUCGGAUGCUAGAUGGUGGCUUACGGAUGUCAGUGGGCAGGUUUGGGAGUUGGCAAGCAUUGAGAUAUAAAGAGCUCAGCCAAGUACCCUAUAGCUCUUGGAAUUGAGCUCACUCCUGAAUCAAUGUUGUUCGCCUCAGGCAGGUGCAAGUGAGAAGCAUGGAAAUAGCAUGAUGUAGAUGAAUUGAAGACUAAAGAACUCAAA